AUGAACUCAUCACCACCCAUACCGCACCCAAACGCCAAUGCAUUCUCGUGGUAUGUCAAUUGUAUGCGCGCACCCAGGGAGGUCCAGCAACACGAGCUCAGCAAGCAAGCCGGAAAAGUAUGGAAAAGCAUGUCCGACGAGGAGAAGAAACCAUUCUAUCUUGUCUGCAACGGCUUGCAGUUUCGCUCAUUCGUGAAUUUUUUGUCUGUGCAAUUCUGCAGCGACCGUCUGACACCGUCCCUUCUGUCGCACUUUGACUCACCUUUGUUCUUUGUCGCCAUCUUUGGGAUUGUCUUCUUGUGUGCCGCUACUGGCCUUUCGAUUCCAGUUGACGACGAUAUCCAAAACGCUCUUCAGCCUCAAUACAAAUUGGGGUGGUAG